UAAUUCCAUGUUUCCUGAGAAUGACUUGUGUUUUACCACUUGUAUAUUCUGAGCCAUUAUCUGUUCGUAGUACUCUGGGCAUCCUGCCAAAUGUAUUACUUACUUGGGCGAGAUACUCUUCUAAUUUCUCUGGCACUUCAUCCUUAUUGUGAAGCAGAAACCCUGUGGCAUAUCUGGAGUAGUCAUCAAUAAAGGUGCUGAUUGUUUUGCCAAGUUUUAAUAUAUUUCCGCAAGGAAGUUGCCAGAGGCGAAAACAAGUUGCCAUCUGUAUACUGGGUGGUAAACUAAUGAUUUUCUCGCUAUAAAACGGAGUAGGAUCCACAUUUGGGCAGAUCUCAGCCAUCUACACAAUGAAGAUCAUCAUACUAUUUGCACUGGCUAGUGUCGGUGUCUGCAGGGGGCCUGGGAGCUAUAAUCCCCCGCCACCAAAGAAAUGCUCAAGAUGUAAACCAUAUGUCCGCACAUUUGAUCGCUGUGAUGUCUUUGUAAAUAAAAACGCGAAUGAUGAUAACUGUAUGCGACAUGUGUUGGAGAGUGUCCCGAAAAUGCUGGAAAUUGGAAAGAAAUUGAUCUGUAAGGGACGACAGAAUAAGUUGGAUAAGAGCUUCGUAUACUUUGCAGGAUUUCAAAAAGAAUUGAGGGAUUUUAUGGGAUGUACUGGCUGCUUUGUUGGCAAGACACUUGGUGUCAAAGAGAUGCUAGGACAUCUUGGAGCUGCAGUUGCCGGUGUUGUCGGAUUUCCAGUUGCAACAAUUGUGGAAACUUUUUACAGCACAGGCAUUAUUUAUCCAGCUUUAGACUUGACGUGUGAUAUGUUAACUGGGGACCUCACCUCCGAGUGUGUGAAAAAGCUCUCCAAUAGCGAUCUUAAGUUAAAGAUUGGCCCCUUGCAAAACCUCGCCUGCAUGGCAAAAAAAGACCCUCUGGAUUUGCUGAUCACUGUCCAAAAUAUGGAGGCUCUUGGCUGCAUAGGGAAGGACGUACUGGGCAUUAAAGAUGCAUUGGGAAAUGUUGUUCCAUACAUUCAUGAAACACUUACAUUUCUUUUGAAGAGUGUUGUUAAAACAGUGCUGAACAUCCCUGUGGUUACUAAACUUCUACGGGGCCAUGAAUGUGCAGUGCCGGGUCUUUCAGGAGGUAAACUGAAAAUACUUGGCAGAUAGACAAAGAAACAUAAUACAGUUGUGGAACUCAAGCUUCCAACAUGGAGGAAUCUGAAAAAUGAAAACUGACAAAAUGAAUCAUUUUCAAUCUUCUGAUUUUCUGAAAUGUUUUUGGAUCAUCUUUUUAUAGAGAUUUACAUAUUGAUUGUUUCUAUUUUUUUCUCUUUUCUUCAAACCAUACAAUAAAUUCCCUGCAGAUUAAA